AUUUUUAUGGCUCGUACACAGCCGCGCAGAAUUUUCGCACCUAGUGAGCUUGAAAAGUUUGAAGUGAACUUGUCAAAUCUUGAGGUUGCUGUGAGCAAUCUGUUCAAAAGCAACCCUUUAAAACAAUCUGAAAACGACCCCGGUCAAAAAGAGUUACAAAGCAAUAGCGACUUUGCUCACCAGUGGCUUCUCUGGGUCCAAAAGUGUCCGGAAGCAUGGCAAAUAAUCUGGUAUCUUCUGGAUCCCAAAGGUCAGCAAACAGGAGAGCAGGUGCCAGUAUUAAGCCCAGAGCUGCAGUAUUUUGGGGCAAAUACGCUGCAGUUCAAAAUACAAAAGAACUUGAACAGUCUUAGUACCGAAGAAAUCGUUUUGUUGCGUGAUAAAAUGAUAGCCUUAGUGACCAAAAUGGCUCCUGGAAGUUGUACGGAGAGUCUACCUAAAUUUGUGUACACUAGGGUUCUAGUAUGUCUAGCAGCUCUGAUUAUACGAACUGUUGGUGAUCAGAAUCAACUCACUGAAACAAUUUGGGGUCCUUCACGUGACCCUGUGGGUCAACUGAUUAGUUUGUUCAGCAAUGGUCAAGCAGUUCAGACCAUGGAAGCACAUGCGAGGCUGAGCAUUCUGCUACAGUUACUCACUUAUAUACCGGAAGAGUAUGGCACUAGUUACCUGACUAAGCGUGUGAGGAGUUACGUGUUGUCGUAUUGCAGUAAAGUGGCUAUGCCAAGUGUGAUGAACUUGGUGAUGACUUUCCUGAAAGUGACAUCGACUACGACGGAGCAGAAAACAUCAGCGCUCAACGUGAUCAAUGCCUGGUGCCAAUUUGGGGUCCCUCUUUCUGAAAACGGAGAGCUCAUUCAACUUCUAUUUGGCCACUUGUUGUCCCAAACUGACAUCGAGCAUGGUAUUGUCAGUGACUUGUUCGGAUGCCUCGGGCAUCUUGUAGCGCAGCCAGCGUCUGCAAAAUGUCCAAGUGCUUUCUUCGGCAUAAUUUUACCCACGACCGUGCAGUCGAUGGCAGAGCUCAUCAGUAAGGUUCUUAAUGAAGGCGACGAGAACACAGUGAAUGCAGCCUGCAGCUACUUGAUAUCACUCGGUGACUCAUACACAGGCUCAAUUGCAUUCCCAGCAACAGACCAGCAGGGAUGUGUGGAAGAGAACUGCACUCGAUGUGUGUCCCUGUGUGAGAUGAUUCUCAAGUUCACAGGGUACCCUGCUGUGUAUCCAAUUGGGGAGACAUGUAGCACUUUGACGUUUAGCUUCUGGUAUAAUCUACAGGAAGACCUUCCAGUUUGUCUGGCUUCUUUGGCCGAUCAGAACUCCUUGGAUCCCAAUGUAAUGCAAUCUCUUACUAGUCAUUGUGGCAACCUUAUCAACCUCUUCUCACAGCUAAUAGUGGUGCUAUGCAGGAAAUGCCAAUACCCUCCGGAACAAAUGACAAAAGAUUGGAGCUCAGACGAACUGGAACAAUUGAGGUGCUACAGAAUAGAUUGCAAUGAUUUCAUAUCUAGUUUCCAAUCGCUGCUAGGAGUUGUACCGACCGCUAGUGUCUUGACUCAGAUAUAUUUUUCAUCCUUAAGCCAAAUGGGUGCUAAUAACGGUGGAACCUUGCAAUGGCAACUCAUAGAAGCUCCAUUGUUUCUCCUUAGUGGGUGUAGUAAUUUGGGCGAGGCGAUUGAUUGCUCAAUUAUAGCAACACCUAUUCUCAAAACGUUCCCACAAAUUAUGACAUCACAUCCAAAAGUAAUGGAGAGUUGCUGCGAUUUAAUUGGCCAAUUGGCUCUGUGGAUGUGUGAACAAACUGCGCUUGAAGUUAACUCAGAUGUGAAUGUACUAAAUUACGUCAUUAACAGUCUGACAAGUUCAUUGGAACUGGGAGAGGAGGUAUCUUCGCAUGCAGCAAUGGCAUUGAAAGAAGUUGCAGCGGCUAGUGUUGAUGAGUUGCACCCUUUAGCUGUGAAUAUUUUUGAGAAAGUGAAACCUCUGUUGUAUCUGCAUCCGUUGCCCAAGUUGACAAUCUUGGAGAACUUAGUGUACGCUGUCGGAAAAUCUAUCAGUUCUCUUCAGAAUAAAGAGAUUCUAAAAAUUACAGAAGAUCUGCUGAAGCCGCACACUGAACGCUUGCUGAAAUUUUUGAACUCAGACAUCAAUGAAAGCAACACAACUGAUCAUGUUUUUAUCCAAGUACACACUAACGCAGCCAUAGCAGCUGCUCAUAUAUGGAUUACUUUGACAACACAACUGGUGGCGAGUAUAGAGUGUGGCCCUACGGAGGAUGACGACGGGGAGAGUGAUUCGGGAGCUGGGGUCGGGUGGACUAGGCCUGGCAAUGAAGUGGAUGCAUGUAUUGUGUUGUUACAAGAGAUUGAUCCAGUGAUCAAAUUAUUAAUGGAUAGAUAUCCAAAUAAAGAAGUGGUUGUGAACGACGUUUGCAGUCUCUACAAGCGCACAUACUACAACAUCAGACACAGAAUAACCCCAGCCAGUUCUCAAAUAUGCUUUUACGCCAUGAAGUUCCUAUCCUGUCCCUCGGAAGGUCUAUCUCAUCCUACAAGUCUGCUACAUAUCUUUACUACACAAAACCUCCUGCCCGAUGUCCAAACUGCAUGUUCUGUGAUCCAACAGUCUUUUCAGCUGAUCACAAAAAACGCUCUGUGUAAUGACUCAAACAACCAGUCUGCUCAUUUUUAUGCAGAUCCGGAUUUCCUGGCUGAGCUUUUCUACUGGAUUGGAGACCUUUUGAAAGAGCGUCAAGAGUCAAUGAUUUUUCAAAAUUCGAUUGGAUCCGAUGACGACUUGCUGUUUUCAGUUUUUCAGAUUUUGUCUUUAAAUAUGAACAGACAAGAGUCGUUAGCUUUUCGGAACUGCAUUUCAGCGUUGACAGAAUUUGUAAAGCUUUCAGCAACUAAUCAAAGUUUAGCCAACAUGCAGAAAUGUUGCAUCGAAGGAAUGCCGUUCAUCGUGGAAAACAUUUGCGAUGCCAUAACAGGAAUGGUUUCAAACAUCAAUGGUCUAGACGCUUACGCGAAUAUUCUAGUUCAGCUGAGUAGUAAUUAUGGACCGGGACUUGAAUGUGAGCUGAAAAAUUGUCUCGCCAAGAGCAAAUAUUCGGCCACUCAAAGCUCAGAGGCAGAGAGAGCUUACUUUAUUUCAAAUGUGCUGAAAGAAAAAAGUUCGAAAGCCAAUAUGCGGGAGGUGAUCGCUAAUUUCAACGUUUCGUGUGUAGGAUCUCAGUCCAAUUCCUUGAUCAUUACAUAAAAUAGUGACUGAUUUUUUAGAAGCCCUGAUGACAAAUUACUACAAUUGAAGUUGAGUUUUGUGUUGUAGCUGCAUAUUUGUGAAUAUUUGUAAUUUAGACAAAGCUUAGUUUCGAAACAUUUUCUGCUUUAGUUUGUAUAGUCCAAUUUAAUUUCAAAUCAUUUUAUACUUGUCAAA